AUGGAGGAAAGGGCAGGAGGAAAGAACACAGGUUUUAUACCAGAUAUGCCUGUUUUAAUGUACCAAAUGGUUUUUGAAUUCCUGACACAUAAGGAUGGAAGGUUACUAACAGCACUUGCAUGUGAAUACCUGGAUUGGGCACAACUGGGUCACACUCUAAAAGUUUAUCUGCCUGAAUGUAAUAUGCAAAAGGAUUUUUGGAAAGCUGAGUUGAAGGAUUUUUGUAGCAAGAAUGGAUAUGAUUUUAACAGGAAUAGAGAGAGUGGCCCUUUACUUCUCGAUGUUCUUGAGGGGUACUUGAAGUAUGAGGUUUGA